GCUGGCCAGACCAAGAAGGGGCCAAGAAGCAGCUCCAGGGAGCCAAAGAGAGAAAAAAACAGCAGAGAUCUACCUACGCACAGCAGGCAGCCAGGCACAGACUCCCCCUUUCUCACCGACACUCAACAGAGGGAACACAGGAGGUCAAAAUAUGAAAGGCACCCACUCUUUCGCUGGACUUCUGCUCUUGAUCAUUGCUCAGAGCAGCUUGCAAAUCCCGCAGGACACAGAGGACAACUCCAGCCUAUUGACAGAGGACUCUAUGUUCAGCGAGCCAAGGGAGCUUUCGAACACGAAGAGACAUUCAGAGGGAACAUUCUCUAACGACUACAGUAAAUAUCUCGAGUCGAGACGAGUGCAAGACUUUGUCCAGUGGCUAGUGAACUCGAAGAGAAGUGGGGGUCCCAUCAAACGACAUGCAGAGGGUACCUACACCAGCGACGUGAGCUCCUACCUGCAGGACCAGGCAGCCAAGGAGUUUGUGUCCUGGCUGAAGAAUGGUCGAGGCAGACGAGAAUAGGGCUCCUCUACUCAGUCACAGAGUCUCAGUGUCUUAUGUCUUAUGAGCCCCCAGUCAAGAGAGAAUGCAACUCAUCCAGAAUGAACCCCCUGUUCAAUUUCCUGUUUCAUAACCUGUAUCCUCCUUCCUCUGGUCAUGCUAAUAAAUCCCCCGACAAGAAAUUGUGUUGCCUGUCAAUUG